ACGAAGAACAAUAUAGGAAGAUAAUUAGAGAGGAGGAACUAGAAAAGAAAAGGGGAAGAAUUAAUGGUUAUUUCCUUGGACCUAACGCAUCUAGUUUUUGGCUUAGGUUCGGAUAUACAGGUUCGGUGGUAGACUUUUAAGCCAAAGAUAAUCACCUCCAACACCCCAUCCAUCAACCACCCACCCACUUCAAGCAAAUACCCCACCUCCUUUCCCCAUCUAUCUUUUCUGUAAGAAAAGGCUCUCUUUUCCUUCUUCAAGAUUGCCUUUAGAUGAUCAUUAAUGACCAAGAAAGCACCACUGUGAGAGAAAUCAAACCCAACAUCAGAAGAAUCAUGGUAGGAGGUGGUAGUGCAGAUUAUGCUGAUGAUCAUAAAGAAGAUAUCAAGUGGCCACCAUGGCUGCAUCCACUUCUUGAAACAAGCUUCUUUGUUCAAUGCAAGCUUCAUGCUGAUGCUCACAAGAGUGAAUGCAAUAUGUAUUGCUUGGAUUGCAUGAACGGUGCCCUUUGUUCUGUUUGUCUCUCACACCACAAAGACCAUAGAGCUAUUCAGAUAAGGAGGUCAUCUUACCAUGAUGUGAUUAGGGUGUCUGAAAUUCAGAAAUACUUGGACAUAACAGAGGUCCAGACCUACAUCAUCAACAGUGCAAAGAUUGUGUUCUUGAAUGAGAGGCCUCAGCCUAGACCUGGUAAAGGUGUUACCAAAACUUGCCAUGUCUGUGAGCGCAGCCUCCUUGAUUCAUUCAGUUUCUGCUCUCUUGCUUGCAAGAUUGUUGGGACAUCAGAGAAUUUCAGGAAGAAGAAAAGGUACAAGGAGAUGGAUGGUCCAGACACUGAAAAAUCAAUGGCUGGCACUAGCAACGAAAGUGCUAAAAGCAAAGCACAAAGCUUUACACCCUCAACCCCACCGCCAACUGCGGUGAAUUAUAGGACUACCAAGAGAAGAAAGGGAGUUCCACAGAGAUCUCCAAUGGGACGAUUCAUCAUAGAAUACUAGUGAAGACAACAACAAAAUAUAUGUCAAUAUGUAUAGUAGUGAUCAAAAAUCAUAACUCUCUCUUUAUGUCACAAAGUUGUAAACAUCUGAGCCUUUGUGCCAAGAGGCCGGUGUUGUGCACUCAUUGUAGUUUGUGUUUAUACAGAUCAAAAGAAAUAAGUGAUCUAGAGAGAGAUUGGAAUGAACAGGAUGGGCGGAAAGCAAAA